AUGUCGGCGAAAAUAAAGCCUCGGCUUGCUUGGGAUGAAGAGCUUUUUGCUCUCCUGAAGAACGACGCAUAUGUUAGAGGAGGAUCACCUUAUGGGGAUUCUUUGCAGCAACUUACAUCCAGGCGUUCUAUUCACCGCGAAGCUGUCGAAAGAUGGCUCUCCGAUCACCUUGCUGAUGGCCAAAGGAUCCCUGAUGAUAGUGAGUUUCUUUGGAUAUACGACGUAAUCGAUACGAACCGCACCGGUCGAGACGAUUUGGAUUAUAUUGCCGAAUUACUUAUCGAAAACGAGUACGAUUCUCCAUGGAUAGUCCGUGAGGAGCAUCUGAACUCAAACUCGAAGCUCAAAGAGCCGGAUCCCCGACGGCAUGCUCCAGAUUGUGUCCAUCAACUCUCAGGAAACCGUACCAUCGAACCUGAGGCGAAUGACUGGCACCACGACCAACCAAAGCCUAAUUCCACAACUGUUACUGCACCUCUUGGCAUAGCCGGCUUUCGGCCCUAUGAAUUCAAGAAGGACAUACCAGCAUUCGGAAAGGAAACAUCAGAGUUGUGGCACCAGGCUCAGAUAUCAGAGUGUAGGUCUCACAUUCGAGUCCGGGAACAAUCCAUUGAGGUGUUCUAUGUGCCUCAUGACACUUCUGUUUCGGAACAUCUAGAGAAUGAGGGACGUCUUCAGGAUUUAACUGAGCGCAUAAGUAAAUCCAUCGAAAGUGCUUUGUCGGCAAUCUCCUGGCUUCAAGAAAACCGUAGAUGUUGCGACCGCCUGACUUUCCUGCGGCCUCUUCAAGGAAGCCCAGAGAUAGAGGCAACACCAUUAGUCAUCGAAAGCUCAUAUAUACCGAUCGAACUUGUUCUGAAACUAUCGAGAGCGUUCCAAAGCUUUCGAGAAACUAUAAUAUCUCAGGGUAGCAUUUUUUCAUUCAUCCAUCGCGCUCUAGAAUAUGCCCCUGGUGUUACUAUGGCUGCCACAGCGUUAGGACCCGCGACGGCCUUGGGCGUCGGUACAUUCUUUGCUGCUGCAGCCGGUAUCAAUCAUCGACGCUCUCGAAUCUCAAAGGGAAUAGAGCUUGAUGUAUUAGUCCACGCGGUUUUGAGCCGACUUGGACCGGGCUUUCGUUCGCUGCCUGCCGGUAUCGAGCCAGAAAACCAAUCCGAGCGACACACUUUCCCACUUAUUCAAAGAUCGGCCUCGUCGGUACAGUUCUUAUGUACCGUCAUUCAGUCUUAUUUUCAAGCACAUAUUGGAGAGUUGAACUACCCAUGGUUGGUUUCACCCGUAUCUUCAGUCAAAUUAGGAGGAAUAAAUAUACCUUCGGGGCCACAUAUCACAGCGUCUCUACAUGAACUCACCUGUCUCGGAAAGAUGUUGGGGGAAAGAGUGAUGGUGUUCCAUUACGGACAGUCAGACUGGCAGCCUAGCGGUGAAUGUGAUCUUUUCACGAGCCCCGAGGAGCUUGUGGACAUGUGGGGACCAGCAUCGCUUUUUCGUUUGGUCCGCUCGAUUCCCUCUGCCGGAGGAAUAAAGUCUAUCUAUAUCAGGGGCGGCUUUAUCCUCCCUGUGCCUGGUAGAGUCGGAGCGUGGCACUGGAGUCCAGGUUCAGACUUCGAAAAGGUGCUGGACGACCAAGAAAUGCUGGAAAGGGGCCGUAAGGCCCAGCAUAAGGAAGAAGGCCUCCAAGUACCACGAAUACGAAACGAUGCUGUCCUAGAUACUAAGGCAUUGGAAGAAGAACUUUCAGCAUUCCAGCUUGAUUUAAGUUCCGACGAUAAUAUGGUCACUGGAAGCGACCUUCACCCACGCGGAUAUUUGGAUAUUAGCCCUGGUUGCGGGCCCAACACAAGGAUUCUGAAUGGUGCGACACUUCAAGUGAACAAGGCCUGUCCGCUCAGUACACCGGAUGCUCAGAAGAAUCUUCGCUGCCGCUUGCAAGACUCGCUUCGUACCAUCGGUACAUACGACCCCAUAUGGACCUUGAAAGCUCUCCAGGUUGGUGUCCAAGGUGGACAAUACAUCAUUCCACAAGUCACCGGAACGUUCGAAUACAUGCCUGGAAAGACUCGCAAGGAGGUCCUUCUAGACACCGUUACAUGUAUGACUUCCGAAAUUGCUAGCCAACUCCGGGAAUCAUGGGGCCUUCACAUUAGUCUAUGCACAGGAGCGGCCGUGCGAGUCAAACUCCAAGAGGUUUUGGCCGAUUGCAUAGUGCCUUAUUGGUGUGGCAGGAUCGUUUUAGCAUCACUGACGCAUUGCGGGAAGGUCGCUUCGAGAGAUGGUUCGAAAGAUUAG